AUGAUCGAUUGAUGAAAUCAUCAAAUAUUAUUAUCGAAUCAAUGUUGAAUUCAUCAUCAUCAUAUCAAUAUAUAUGGUGUCGAUAUGAAUUAUCCAAUGAUUGGUCAAUAAAUCAAUAUAAUGGACAGGAUAAUCUUCAUAUUAAUAAUAAUAAUAAUAAUAAUCAAUCAUUAUUAUUCAAUCAAAUUGAAAAAAGAAAAAAGGUCAAUGACAAAAUGAUGAACAAUGGACAACGUACUUGUUUCGAAGGUGAUCGAUAUUUAAUUGUGAAUGAGAAUCAUAUAUCGACCAUUAUUUAUCGUUGUGAAAUACGGCAACAACAACGACAACAAAUGAAUUCUUCACAUUAUAUUGUUCAUCAUAGGAAAACAUUCAAACUUUAUGUGGAUCAAUUUCCGAUUGUCCAUAGUAGUAGUAAACGAGUGAUUCGAGAAAUUUCCCGAAAAAUUGGACAUCAACAACAAAAACAUCAUUAUUGUCAUCGUGCACCAAGAUGUAAACCAUAUGCAACAGUUGAAUAUGCACAAUGUUCACAAAUUGAAUUGAAAAUUCGUUAUCCAACCAAUCAAUAUGGCUAUAAUCAUACUAUUGAUCAUUGGGGUACAAUCAAUUGUAAUGAUAAUGAUAUUAUUGGCUAUCAGCUAUGGCUUAUUGGCUAUGGAAUUGUUAAGAAAUUUCGUUCAAAUGAACGAAUUAUAUUGAAUGAUUUAAUACCGGGUAAACGUUAUUGUUUCAAUGGUUGGGCAUAUAAUUCAUGUGGCCGUGGACCAGUAUUCACAUUGGAAGGUGUUUGUGCUGUAAAUAAUAAUGAUUGUCUGAUUAGAUCGGAUGAACAUUGUGAACUUGAUGUCGAUUAUUCAUGGUGAACAAAAAAAAAAAAAAAUUUUUCUUAAUAAUCAAUCAAUCAAUAAUAAUAUAAUAUAAUAAAAAUUGAAAUUAUCGACAAGGUCAUCAAUCGAAAAUCAAUCCAUAUUUAGUCAUUUGAUAAUAAUAAUUUGAUUGAUUGAAAAAUCAAUGAAAAUCGAUUGAAUCAUUCUGUACAUAACAAGCGCGAAAAUGAAAAACAUUUGGCUAAUUGGAUGGGGUUAAUUAUUCUGUUCAGGUGUGUUCCACGCAACACACAAUGAUUAUAAUUGAACAACAUUUUUUUUGCGCUGGCGGUGAAACCGAAAACCGACAUUCAUCAUCAAAUCAAAUCAAAUUAAUCAAUUAAUUAUAUCCUAUUAAUGUUAAUCUAUUAUA